UAGGGAUGAUGGCGCUGCGAGGGCAAUGGUGAAGGGGGGGAAGCAGUUAUUUCUUUGGCAAAACAGAGGAGAAAGACGUGGGGAUUCCGAAAACACCACCUCCCGAAUACUUAAAACUUUGAUCCGCAGGAACCCUGCAAAAUAACAGGACGAAGAAACCAAGUGGUGUUUUCGGGGAUUAGAAAAAGAGAACAGGGCUGGAAUCGUUGCGGACGAUAGAGAAGAAGAUGAGCAGGAACAAAGUCCACAGCCAUGACGAUGGUGGCUUCUCCUCCAAAGAAAUAGCCUCCCCUGGACCCCUUCCCAGGAGGCUCUACCAAGUUUGGAAGGGUAACAAUAAAUUCCUCUGCGGUGGGAGAUUAGUCUUCGGUCCGGAUGCUGCAUCGGUGUUGUUGACCGCUACCCUCAUUGGAGGUCCCACAAUAACAUUCUGCAUAAAAAUGCUUUUGCUUAUCGGUGUAGUGAAUCCACUCUUUGGGUACACCGUUCUGAUCAUGGGAUUAGUCCUCACUUUUCUGGACUUCAUUUUUCUGUUCCUUACCUCCGGUAGAGAUCCCGGUAUAAUUCCAAGAAAUUCACAGCCACCCGAAUCAGAUGAAGUAUGUGAUGCAACUACUCCGUCAACAGAGUGGGUCAAUAGUAAAAUGCCAGAUUUGAAAUUGCCAAGAACCAAGGAUGUACAAGUGAAUGGUCAGACAGUAAAAGUGAAGUUCUGUGAUACUUGUUUGCUAUAUCGACCACCACGGGCUUCUCAUUGCUCCAUCUGCAACAACUGUGUGCAAAGGUUCGAUCAUCACUGUCCAUGGGUUGGUCAGUGUAUCGCAUUACGUAACUAUCCGUUCUUUAUAUGUUUCAUAUCUACAUCAACCAUCUUGUGCAUAUAUGUGUUUACCUUCUCGUGGAUCAACAUUCUUCGACAAGGAGGCAAUCUCUGGAAGGCCAUGUCGCAUGAUGUCCUCUCAGUUGUUUUAAUAAUAUAUUGCUUCAUCGCUUUCUGGUUCGUUGGCGGGCUCACAGUGUUCCAUCUUUACUUGAUUAGCACCAACCAGACAACAUAUGAAAAUUUCCGCUACCGCUACGAAAAGAAGGAGAAUCCAUAUAGUAAGGGAAUGCUACGAAAUGUUAAGGAACUUGUCUUUGGCAAGAUCCCACCUUCGAUGAUCAAUUUUAGAACUUGGACAUCAGAAUACGAGACCAGUGGAUCCGUUACCUCCGAGUUUGAGAAAGGCUAUGUAAUUUCCAGAGGAAACUUUGACAUAGAAAUGGGAGGCUCUCUUCGGAAGGAGGGCGAAGCUCAACUUCCGAGCAUUCUGCAGAGGUUGGAUUAUAGUGGCAUUGACGAGAAGUUGAAGAGAAAAGAGAGAGAGGGAUCUGUUGCAUUCGAUCCGUUCUUCUUCCCUGCUCAUCUAGAUUCAAGGUAUCAAAAGCAGCAACCGGAUAAUGGACUUAAAAUCAGUUCAGGUCACAGAACAGUGGAUACAGGCUCCCAUCAAAUUGCAUCGAUCAGUCCACUUAGAUAGAGCUACUGUGUUUCUUCUUUUGCUUCCUAGACAUGACUUCAUCUCCGUAUGAAGUAUAUGAAGUUUUCAGGGGCUAAGUUAAACAAAGGAACAGAAAGGAAAAGGUUGCUUGCGAAAUGCAGCCUAGAGGUUUUCUAAAAUGCAAAGGAGGCUUCAUCGCAUGAAAACCACGUUGCAUCCCCUCAGUGGCCCCUUUUUUUUUUUUUUUUUUUUUGGCCGCAGCUAAUCCUCAUUGAUUUUGCUAUUUGUGGACUUCAUACGCUGAGAUCCUGAUUUCUGUGGAUUAGUAAAUUCAUUUGAAGGGCUUGCAUUGUUGUUGCUGUAGCAAAUCAGCCUGCUUAUGAAGGAAAAUGAACGAGAGAAAUUGCAAGCAAUUAAUUACAUCAAAGGCAGUCAAGCUGUACAUUUGAAGGUUGAUUUAUAAACUAGUGGAAAGUAAGUGAUGAACA